GACAACCAUCCAUCAUCCGAAAUGUCUCCCAUGAGUGCCGCCGAAUUUUUCGAGCCUGCCAUGGACAGGCCACCCUCCCCAAGCAGACUUCGGCAGCUGAACUCGCAGAUGAGGCGAGCUUCACAGCUGCGCCGCCAGAACGGACACCGCACCGCCGCGUCGGCAUCAGUGGCGUCCAACAGUGAGAAUCCAGGGUGGGAGCAGACCUUGGAGAACCUGUCACUUGGCAGACGCGCUUCUGUCAAGUCCACUGGUAGCAGCGCCCAUUCGAGAGAGCGCUCAGAUAGCAUCUACGGCUUUGGAAAGAAUCCCUUCCAUCGGCGAGUGAGAUCCAAGCGUGAGAGCAGCGCCAACUCUUCCUCAGCUAGCUCCAUGUAUUCUGCUGAGGUGCCGCCGGACAAUGCCAUUGCUCCAGCCCCCAAAGAAUCAUUCAUACAGGCUUUUGCUCGACGACGAGCUUCCCGAGAUGACACUGCGGCAGCACAGAAGAAGCUGCAGAUCUCGGGUCCUUACAACUUCCAGCAUGUCAUGCACACUAAUCGUGACGAGGCUGCCACGCAGGAGGCCCCCGAGCAGCUGACGAUGCGGGCAACCGGCCCAACAAGCGCUCCCAAUGCGAACGAUGGGUCCAGCCUUCUCUUCCACCCUGACGCCUACAACGACUCUGGCGCGUUCUUCUCCCGACCAGCUGCCUCAUCACGCCAGUCAGCUGUUCCAUCAGUUGGACCUCGUCGGCUGAUGAGGCGGAUCCGAUCGCAGGACCAGCUGCGAGGAAGCACUCCAUCCAUGUCACCACCACCCAGACCACCCAGAUCCCCCAUCCACCCCACCGCUCCGCAACCUGGCUCUCCCGUUUCGCCCUCUCGCAGACCAAGCCUCCAAGUGGCAUACGAAGAUGCGGAGGGGCAGCUCCCGGUCGUCAAUAUCGAACGGCCAAAGACCAGCGGCGGUUUCCGGCACCCGCAGCCGUAUAACCCUAAUGAUCCAGUCGAGCCACUCCCGCCUAUGCCGAUCAUAACUAGCCGAGAAGACUUUCAUGUUUAUAACACGAUGCUCUCGCCAAUCCAGCCUUCGCCUACUGAGCCCGCUUGGCCGCUCGCCAGCCCUACAUUGGCAACAUACGAGACCCCGCUUGCCGAUGUUCCGGAGGAAGACGAGCACGCUGCCGCCCAUCGACGAUCCAUCCGGGGCAGCCAAUCUGUACCUAUGCUUCGCAAAUCCCAUCGCCCAGCCAGCAACGCGUCAGAGACUCUUGGUAACCUUCACAUGGCAUCGGUGGUGCAGCAGCUGCAGCAGGUUGCUGAGAGCUGGGAGGACGACAUUGACUAUUGUUAUGAGCACGAAGCUGAGGCUGACUGCGACUACCAGUGGGACCGUGACUCCAUGGAUACUGCUCGCGAUAGCGAUACUCUCCCGGUGGAGGUGACUAUGCGAGCAGAGGACAUCGAGGUGCCUAUCGGGACCGCAAGAUCGUCUCCUGGCAUGCUUUCUGUAGCCACAUUUGACGUUCCCGGCCUGAGCCCCAUUAGUCAAACAUCAACACCCACUAUCCAAGAGGCCAUCACACCUGUUUUCAGUGCCCCUGCUCCCAACAACUUCUCUCUUCCCCUCCUUGACAAGAAGAAGCUGUUCCGCGUUUCGCAUGCGUCAAGCUUUAAGGAGUCUCACGGCUUUACCUUGUCGCCUUCGCUGCUCAUUCCUGGUGAUUUCCAUCAGCAGAUGCUCCUUGAAGAGGGCGCCAGACACGAGUAUCCCGACGAGGACGAGCUGGCGCUACCAUACAACCAAGGGGCUAUGUAUGACGAAACUACCAAGCCUAUGCAGUGGUCGCAGCAGCGCGCGAGUACCUCCACGACGGGGACUGUCUCCACUCACUCUGAUUCGACUGCCGAUCGCCACAUCUCUACCAAUUCUACUUGGUCGUUUUUCAGCCGCCACACAGCUAGCAGCAGCGGGUCUGUGCACAAGAUGACUGGAUCCUGGACCGAGUCGGCAGAGCCUCUUCCCGUAUCUCAGGUCGAUGUGCUACCACACGUUGACGCAGAUGAGGAGGCGGGUAUUACCAGCCCACAAGACACAGUUCCCGAACUUGUCUCAUUCCCUCUGGGCCCAUCCAGGAAGUCUUCUCACAAGUCUCACGCUAGCGAGUCGAUCAUCCACGAGGAGCCUUCAUUCAAGCAAUUUGAGGCGGGCCAGAGACGGGGCCCUCGAGCCAGGACUGCCAGUCUGAGCAGCCAGGCACCCCCCGUGGGACAGUAUGCCUUGUUUCCCCGAUCAUACAUCAAGCCAACCGGCGACCGCAUCUAA